AUGAGUGUCAGAUCACAUGAGGACCUCUACUGUCCCAUCUGCCACAAAAUCUUUAUUGAUCCCGUCGUCCUGUCGUGUAGCCACAGCUUCUGUAAAGACUGUCUGCACCAGUCCUGGAAAGGGAAACCAGUACGGCUCUGUCCAGUUUGUAAGAGGAAGUCUUCCAAGUCUGAACCACCUUCUUACUUUGCUUUAAAGAAACGCUGUGAGACUUUUCUGCAGGAGAGAGAACAGAAACUUUCAGACCCUGUGUGUCAUCAACACUCUCAGAGACUUUCUCUCUUCUGUCUGGUCGAUCAGAUACCAAUAUGUGUGAUCUGUCAAACUUCAAGAUUUCAUAAGAAGCACGAUGUCAGUCCUGUUGAUGAAGCUGCGCAGGAUCACAGAGAGGAGCUGCAGAGGUCUGUGAGGCGUUUAAAGGAAAGAAAGAGGACCUUCGAACAGGUGAAAGUCACCUUGGAUCAUACGGUGGGACACAUUAGGACCCAGGCCCAAAACACAGCCAGGCAGAUCAAGGAGCAGUUUCGGAAGCUUCACCAGUUUCUGCAAGAGGAAGAGGAGUCCAGGAUCCGAGUUCUGAGGGAGGAAGAGGAGCAGAAGACCCAGAGGAUGAAGGUGAAGAUGGAGGUGUUGAGCAAAGAGAUCCGGUAUCUGUCAGAGACCAUCCAAGCCACGGAGGACGAGCUGAAAGCUGAGGACAUCGCAUUCCUGCACAAAUACAAGGCCACGGUGGAAAGAGUGCAGCAGUGCCCCCCUAUGGAAGCACCUCAGCUGGGCCCCGGAGCUCUGAUAGACCAGGCCAAACAUCUGGGCAACCUGAGCUUCAACAUCUGGAACAAGAUGAAGGACAUGGUCUCCUACAGUCCUGUGGUUCUGGACCCGAACUCGGCUCAUCCGGACCUUGUCCUGUCCGAAGACCUGAGCAGAGUCUGCCACCGAGACAAACAGAACGUCCCCGACAACCCGGAGAGGAACGACUACUUCACAUCCGUCCUGGCCUCAACGGGAUUUAACUCAGGGAGUCACAGCUGGGACGUGGAUGUUACAGGGAAUACGGUUUGGUUGGUGGGCGUGGUCAAUGAGUCCAUCCAGAGGAAAGGAGAUCAAGUGUCGGGUUUAUGGAGGAUAGGCUACUAUGGUGGCAAAUACACAGCGCGAUCCACGUGGGAUCCAGAAACGGUGCUGUUAGUGAGGAAGAAGCUCCGGAAGGUCCGAGUUCAGCUGGACUUUUACGGAGGAAAACUGACAUUCUUUGACCGGGAUUCAAACACGCACAUACACACCUUCACACACACUUUCACCGAGAGGGUGUUUCCGUUCAUUAACACGAAAAACGAUCAGUCACUGGGGAUAUUACCGGGACAGAUCUCUCUGCAGCUGAACAUUUAUGAGCACAAAUGUCUGACCUGAAGAAACCCAAAAGGACUCAAGGGAUUAUUCCAAAUACGACAAAGAGACAAAGAGAGAAAAGAAACAAGGAUCUGGAGG